ACCCAAAGCCUUCAUCUAUUUGAAGGGCUCAUUUCCUCUUUCUAGGCAUCCUUCAAGCAGCAGCUCUCCACUACACAUAAUAGUCUGGGCUCACACCAUCUACACCCAGUCGUAGUUAAUAAUCACAGCAAUGGCCUCCACCGAUAGCUGGACCCUCGAGAUCGAGUCACCGGUGGCCGCACCACGCCUGUUCAAAGCAGGUGUCAUGGACUGGCACACCUUGGCCCCCAAACUCGCCCCACAUAUCAUCGCGAGCGCCCACCCCAUUGAGGGCGAAGGUGGUGUCGGCAGUGUCAGGCAGUUUAACUUCACCUCAGCCAUGCCCUUCAGCAUCAUGAAGGAGAAGCUCGACUUCCUGGACAUGGAGAAGUGUGAGUGCAAGUCGACCCUUCUCGAGGGUGGCGGCAUCGGCAUAACAAUUGAGACAGCAACAUCGCACAUUAAGGUGGAGGCAACCGCUAAUGGUGGGAGUGUGGUGAAGGUGGAAACGACUUACAAGCUGCUUCCUGGCGCGGAAGUCAAGGAUGAGAUCACCAAUGCCAAGGACUCGCUAACUAACAUCUUCAAGGGUGCCGAGGCUUACCUCAUCGCCAACCCAGAUACCUACAACUAAGUCAGCAAAGAGGGAUUUCCUUUGGUUUGUGUGUGCGUUCUCCCAGAUUGAAUAAAGUUGCUCCAACCUCCACGUAGUUACGCAAGAGCACUGAACUGGGCUUGGUCUCAACAUGUUAUAAUAUGGGCGUAUUUGUAACGGUCAAAGAGUGUUUUUAUUUUAUUUUUCCUUUCACGAA